AUGCGGCUUGCUCGGGCCGGCGGGGGCCCUCUCUCCAGAGGCCACCGAUACCCAGCCCCCAACAGGGUGGGAGAACCUCACAGGCGUCAGGGUGGUCAAUCGUCCUCCACCCACUACCCAGGUGGAAGUACAGGUGUGAGGCCCCCAGUCACCUGCCAGCCGGAUCGGCUCCGGGCUCCAGACUCAAGAGAAGUGCUCUGCCUACAGUUCCUGCCCGCGGGCGGCAGGGAUGAGAAGCUGAAAUUUCAUCUGGUGACAUCCAGACUCUCACCUACCCUGGUCCCCGGGAUCCUGCUGGUGUUCCCCACCAGUGCACUGGUGUACUUGGCUGCUACUCCACAGACUCCCGGGAAACGGACCCGCCCUCUCGACCCCGGGCGCCUCCGAGAGCCCAGAUCCGCGGACCCUCCGGCAGAGCCGCGUCUACAGCCCCUCCACCUGGCCGCCCCCAAGUCUGGGUGGCGAGCCUUUUCCUUCCGCGCACUCCCCGCACAUCCCUCACAGCCUCGGAGCACAGGCGAGUGUGAGCGCGUGUGCAGGUGCUGUGAGGAUGGACAUGGGCCCAUUGGAGGUGCGGGCGUGAUGUCGGCCCAGGAGCUCGUGGCCUGCCUCUGCCGAGAGGGUGACCAGCACCUGGCCCUGGGGGAGACCCCGCUGGCCACCGCCUUCUAUCUGGCUGCCUUCAGCUGCCACGCUCCCUCGGCCCUGCGGAGCAUCCGAGCUGCCCUGCCCGAGACCCGGGGGUCAUCUGUGGUGGCCACCCUAGAGGCCUGGUGCCGAGGUGACAGCCAGAUCCCAGCCAUCCACUGGGAUGGCAUGGCGGUGGUCUCCCUGACAGGGACCCUGGCCUGCGCCUUCCUGGCCACCCUCUGCCCUGACCACCCCGUUGCAGCCCUGCACUCCCUGGCCGGCCUGCUGGCACACGGGCACCACGGGGAAGUGGUGCGGCGCUGCGGGGUCCUGCUGGACGCUCACUCCCAGCAGAGCCUGGAGUUGCGGCUGACCCGCGCCCUGGCCUGGGUCCUGUCCGGAACACAGGUGCACACUGGGGUGGCCGACUACCUCCAGGCCUUCGUGGACAGCGCCGACCGGACCAUGGCCUUCAUUCACAUGCAUCAGCAGCCCUACCUCCCUGCUCUGGUCAGAGCCCUCCAGGACUACAUCUCAGAGCAUCAGGAGGCUGGGGAUGGUGCCAGCCAACAGGUGACCAACUGCCAGGGACUCCUUGCAGCCCUGGACCCUGGGGGCACCUGGAGCAUCACCCUGUCGCCUGAAGCCCUGCUCCAGCAUGGCAGGUAUGAGGACUGCCGGGCAGCCUGCAGCCGGGCCCUGGAGGCCACCCCAACGGGGUGCAGACCCCAAGGCGAGCGUCUGGCCACCCUGUUGGUCACCCGCGCUGCAGCGACCUUUUUCCUAGACAGCGGGGCCCAAGACCUGCUUCCGGACCUGCACCGGGCCUUCCGGGAGAGCCCCUCGGGGGCUCGGAGGCAGUUCGAGGCUGUGCUCUCCGCCAGGGACCAGGAGCGCUUGCACGCCCAAGUGCAGGAGGCUGCAGACGUGGGCUUCUCCCACUUCCAGGAGACGGUUCGGAGUCGCCCCGAGCUCCGCGAGGACUCUGGCCGUGAACUGCUGGUCCCGGUGACCCAAGCGCUCCGGGUCCUGUGUCGAGUCGCCCCGCCCGGGGCGCGCCCCGCACUGGGCGCCCGACUGGCCGAGUGCCUGCUGCUGGCAGGCGACGCGGCGGGCGCCAGAGCGCUGUGUGAGCGCUUGCUCCGGCCCUCGCGCACCGGGGACCGUGCCGGGGACCGCGCGCCCCUGAUGGCGCUGCGCGGCUUCUGCGCGCUACACUCUGGCGACUCAGGUAGCGCCCAGGAGGACUUCCAGGCAGUAGUGGAGCUGGGACCGCCUCACUUGAGUGGCUGCGUGCGCGCCCUGUGCGGCCGCGGGCUCCUGCGAGUGCUGGAGGGCAGUGCCUUCCUGGGUGCACUGGACUACGUUACCGCCUGCCGCCUAGGCCCCGAGGAAACUCUACUUGUCACCAAGACCUACGUGCCCUGGAACCAACGGGGGCUGCUGCUGACCGUGCUGCGCGAGGAGGGCCGCAAGAUGCUGCAGCGGAGGCCAGAGCCAGGACCCAAGAGCUGGCGGGGCCGCCGGACUAAGGCCGGGGAGACAGACAGCCCUGCUGUGCAGGAAGGGGAUGCGCACGGCGUGCACCAGCUGGCCACGCUCCUGAUGGAACUGGACACGGAGGAUGAGGCUUCUCGCCUCCUGGCAGCUGACGCCCUAUACCGCCUGGGCCGCCUGGACGACACCCACAAGGCCCUGCUGGCAGCCCUCUCCCGGAGGCCUCAGGCGGCCCCUGUGCUGACGCGGCUGGCCCUGCUGCAGCUCCGGAGGGGAUUCUCCUACGAUGCCAACCAGCUGGUGAAGAAGGUGGUCCAGUCAGGGGACACGGCCUGCCUCCAGUCCACCCUGGCCGUCUUCUGUCACGAGGACCGGCAGCUGCUCUGGGGCCACUGCCAUGCGAGGGCCCUGGCCAUCCUGCGGGCACGACCAGGAGGGGCCGAGGGCGGGGCCCACACCAGGGAGGCCAUCGCCUACCUCUCUCUGGCCAUCUUUGCCUCAGGAAAUCGGGCCACUGAGUCCCUGCUCGCCCGAGCCCGCUGUUACGGCUUCCUGGGCCAGAAGAAGACAGCCAUGUUUGACUUCACCUCCGUGCUGAGGGCUGAGCCAGGGAACGCACAGGCACUGUGCGGCCGGGCACUCCUGCACCUGGCCUUGGAUGAGCAGAAGGAGGCUGUGGACGACAUCCUCUCCGCUCUGAGGCUCAGCCCGAGAACCGCAGUUCCUGAGAUCUGCUCUCUGAAGCCGGAGGCCCAGGCCCUUAUCACCCAGAGCCUCUCCUCCCGCUGCCGGGCCCUCCUGAAUCAGCUGCCAGACACAGGGGCCCGCCUCGAUGACAAGGAUGCCCAGAACCUCCUGGCUGCAGGGAAAGCACUGAUUGAAAUUGAUGCCAGGCAGCCCCUCUGGCACAUGCUUCUGGCAGAUGCGCUCGCUGCAGUGGGCAGCUUUGAGGAGGCCGGUGCCCAUCUGCAAAAAGUCCUGCACCCCAGCCCUCCAUCAGAGGCAGCCCGCGCCCGGCGUGGGCUGCUCCGGCUCAAGAAGGGGGAUGUGGUGGCCGCUGCACAGGACCUGCAGUGCCUUGCAGAGAUGGAUGCCCAGGACCUCGGCUUCCUACUAUGUCUCCUGGAGGCUUCAGAGCGGCAGAGCCUCACUCAGGCUGCAGCCCAGGAAGCUGACACCCUCCUGAACUCCGGACAGCCCCGCCAGGCGCUGGGCUACUGCUCACUGGCUGUCCUGGCGGGCGGCAGCAGCAACUGUCACCUACGCCGUCGGGCCACCUGCCUGGCCGAGCUACAGGAGUUUAGCCGGGCACUUGGGGACCUAGACCACGUGCUCCGAGAGGGCUCAAGGGACAGCAACCUCCAGACACAGGUGGAGGACUUCUGCUCCCGGGGCCGCCUGCUGCUGGGUCUGGGGGAUGAGGCUGGGGCUGCAGGGGCCUUCGCCCAGGCCCUCCACCUGGCACCCACCCAGGCCCAGAGCAGCCUGUGGGAGCGGCCAGGCCGGGCUCCAGCCACCCACAUACUCUUGUGCCAGGCGCGGUGUUGCCUGGUUGAGCAACGCUACAGCGAGGCCUGGACGGCGGCCGAGGCCGGCCUCCUGUUGGACCCAGGGCACAGCAGCCUGAAGAGGCUGAAGGCGAGAAUCCGGAGGGAGGCGUCCUCUGGCUGCCGGCUCCACUGACCAGCACUCCGCGGGCCCAGCUGUGGGGCCACCCUGUCAUCGUCAUUCUUCGUCCAGUCCCUGGGGAGGUUGCUCAAGGAGGUGCUCCCCCCACCCUCUCCCUCUUCCUAGACUUGGGUGGAUUAGCAGAUGGCCAGCCUUGGGCAGCAGAGGAGAGAGCUCCCCACCUGCCUGGAGCAACCAUCCUAGGAAGCUCAGAGCCUCUUCCCUUAACAGCUACCUGGUCCUCAAAGCUGGGGCCCUCUUGGCCCACACGUAGGGCUUGGGCCUUAGAGAGAAGUCCUUUUCCUCGUCCCUGGCUUGGGACCUGCAGGUUGAGUGGGGUUCAGGCUGGCCCCUCAUAGCCCUGGGGAGAUGACGACAGCCCAGAAAACCCUUCUCCAGAUGUGGAGCAGCCUUGACCCUGGCCUGACCUCUGGCCAGACAUCCUGCAGGGCCUGGAGCCCCUCAAGGGCAAAAAACUCUCAAGCUGGGCCCAAAACCUAUGCUUUCAUCAAGGUUGUUCUCUAGGGAAGCCAGCAUCUUGGGAGGAUGAUAUGGCCUCCCUCCCCUGCCAAGCAGAGACACCUACCCCAAGGGGCCCCCAGUGAGCAGAGCAGCCAGGCAUCUACUUGGCAUCCGAUCUCCUGUUGGAUGUAAAGGUGCUUCCUACAUGAUUAGACUUACCCAGCCCCACCACAGUUGCCUUGGAAAACCUUCUCUCCUCGGGGGAGUGGAGAAGUCCAGCCGUGGUCCCAUUGCUGUUGGUUUCAAAGAAGCCAGGUCCGAGUUGUGCAGUUUUUCUCUCCUGUUCAUGAACACAACUGCUGGAUAGGCCAUCGAGUAAAGCAAGGGACAGAGGGUGCAUUUGCUCUCCUUCCCGCAAGACGUCCUGCCCUCAUCUGUCCACUCAAGGCCAGAGCUCAUCACAGUGAGCUCGCAGAUGCCUGACUCACCACAGCUUCCCAGGAGCUGAUGGUCUUCGAAGAGCCCCCAACCAGUCUCCCACCCCCAGCUCCUCACUGCUGAGCUGGCAGAGACCCCCACCCCGAGUCCUUCCCAUCCACUUCUAUGUGGGCCAGGGGUCGUUACCACAUUUAAAGGUCCAUGUGAGGCCAUAUCCCAGCCUCCCACCAUGGCGUCCAAGUGGACAAGAACUCAUAGGCCCUGGAUGGCCUCCAUCAUAGCAGAAUGAUCUGGUGGUUUCUGUAUGAAUCAGAUUGUCCCCCUGAGAACACAGGCUGCACCUUGUUUUCUCAAAAUCCAAGGUUACCAAAGAAAUGCUUACGAUGUGGCACAAAGAGCAUUACCUACUCUCAAGACA